AUGAUUGAACUUCACGAAAUAUCGUACAUGUUUACAAAAUGUGGAUUUGGAGCUGCCUUCGUUGUGAAUUUGUUCUUAAUCUUCCUCACCGCAUUCCAUGUUCAAAGAAUCUUUAGUACUUACAAGUACAUGGUCAUUGUAUUCGCCUCAAUGGGAAUCAUAUUUUCCGGAUGGGAAAUCGUUGCGAGACCAUUCGCUCACAACUACAACAAGGGAUUUUUGUAUUUCAGUCUUAGCGCUGCUUUCGAUUAUUCUCAAGACUUUCUUCAGUUUGCCAUAGUUGCCUACGGUAGUUUCUAUCUUGUCAUUCUUGCAUUCAUAGUUGUUCAAUUCAUCUACCGUUAUGUCACUAUAUUCAAACCAACACUCAUAACAAAGUUCACUGGGAAAGGAGUUCUAGUUUGGAUGAUGUAUCCACUUUUGGCUGGUGCUGCUUUUGGAGGACCUUUGUACUGUUUUGGAUUAGUUGAUUCGUAUUCUGAUGAGUAUCUGAAGAAUGAGAUUCUUGAAAAGUACGGGUUGGCUAUUAAGGAUCUUCCUCGAUUCGCUAUUGUGACUUAUGAUUCCGAAGGGAAUUUGAGAUGGCGUAAUUGUUGCUAUCUCCUCACUUCGAUUACUGUAAUGGGUUCUCAGUACAUGAUUAUUAUCUUCUGUGGCCUGCGAAUGCACUUCACUAUGAAAAAAGAACUCAAAACCUUCUCCUAA